UAUUAGCUAGCUAGCCAGUUGUUUUGAGAGAAGAAGAAAAGGGCUACAAGCGGAAGAAACACCGUUUUUGGUUUCGGAUAGUAUUCGAUUUAUGGUCUUGGUUUUCUUUUUUAAAAACACAUUUUGAAUAAUGUCGACCCCGGCAAGGAGACGGCUUAUGAGAGAUUUUAAAAGACUUCAAGAAGAUCCUCCCACCGGUGUGAGCGGAGCACCAUCAGAGAACAACAUCAUGCUUUGGAACGCUGUUAUUUUUGGGCCUGUGGGGACACCAUUUGAAGAUGGAACAUUUAAGCUUCUGAUAGAGUUUUCCGAGGAGUACCCAAACAAGCCUCCCACAGUUCGCUUUGUGUCCCGAAUGUUUCACCCAAAUGUUUAUGCAGAUGGCAGUAUAUGUUUAGACAUCCUUCAGAAUCGCUGGAGCCCCACAUAUGAUGUGUCGUCCAUACUCACCUCCAUCCAGUCGUUGCUGGAUGAGCCAAACCCCAACAGUCCAGCCAACAGUCAGGCUGCACAGCUCUAUCAGGAAAACAAGAGGGAGUACGAGAAGAGGGUGACGGCCAUCGUGGAGCAGAGCUGGGUAGACGUCUGAGCUUCUCUCACUCUUUACUCCUUCCUCUCCAUCACCCCUCUUCAUUAUCCCCGUACUUCAGUCUCUCAUUUUUUACCUCAUUAAGAAAAAAAAAACAAACAAAAAAAACAGCAACUAUAUCAGAAGAACUCAAGUGCCACCCUGAAAAAAAAGGAAGAA